AUCAAAAUUGAAACAACGCGGACGACAAAACGGUCAGAACGGAACGCCAAGCGUGGAAAGAAUUUCAUAAUCAAAAGUUAAUCAAACGCUAAUCGCAAGCAAGAAACAAAAACAAUCAGUGCCAAAAGCCAUAAAAGAAACUAAUUGCCAAGCCAAAAGUGUCAAGCCAAGUGGAAGCUAACAGCUCGAAAAUUUCGCAAAAGCCGUCAAGCAAUCAAACCGCCAAACACAUCAACAAAAUGGUAGUCGAGGAGACCUGCACCAUGCACUUGGAUAUGGAUCUGGAGCUGGAAAUCGAUAUGGCCAUGGAGUGCGCCCCCAUCGGUCGCACUGUUAAAUCGGCCCUUGUCAGGGCCCAAAGCGAGUCCCGGGUGAUCGUGGGACUGUCUGCUGCCAUCAAUGUGCUCUCCAAGUCACCGGAGGGCUCGCUCUUUUGCCUGAUGGCGGUGCCCAAGGACGGCGAUUCUGCCACCCACAUGCACGAGGUGCUGCUGGAGGCCUUCUGCUACGAGAACGACAUCUAUGUGAUCAAGGUGGACGAUGCCACCAAGCUGAGCCGCAUCCUCGGCCAGGAGACUGUGGAGUCGUGCUGCCUGGUGCAAAAGACCUGGGCCGGCAACCUGCAGGACGAGGAGGAGGAGCAGCUGACCAAAGCCGAGAACCAACUGGUCGACUACUGCGAGGCCCACUGGGACGCACCCCAGCAUCCCAUUGUCCAGCUGCCGGCUGUGUAAGCGGGUGUGAGCGAGACAGCCAUUCAUGAUUGAACUGAACUGAGCCCCGCAGACAGUGGGCCAAACACGGUUUAAAGCAGAUAAAAAAAAUAACAAGAAAUAACCUGUUGCUGGAGGUUGACGUACUCGUUACCGAGAAUGUCUUGGAGAGUUCCUGAGGGAAACCGACGUUCCGGAGCCUGAUGCGGCCACCAUGUAUACAUAGGAUAUUUAUAUAUACCCUUAUAUAACUGUAUAUAUAGAGAAGAGAUUGAUAAGCCAGCGCCUUGGCGAAUAAUGGAAACUGAAAGGCGACCUUCGCGGCAGCAACUGCGGCAGCGAAUGCAGUAGAACCUGCAGCGGAGACACCCGCGGAAGUCACACACACACACGCAGAUCAUCCAACACAUACUGAAGCGCGUGACCAGCUGCUGCUUUGGAGCCCAUACACCCCGAACAC